CGAAAUCGUCACGAAAAGAGAACGCUGCGCGUGUAGUCGUUUCGUUGUGUGCAAUGCUUUCCGUGAGUCCAGGCGGCGGUAUUUCGUGAAAAACGGCUCGAACAGGGCGGGACAGCGGCUGCAUCAGAACCGUGACUCGUGAGCGUCCGCCACCUCGGGUUUCCAUCCCGAUUUCCGCUACAGAACGUUUGUAAAACCGCACGGCGUCACCAUGGCAGAUGGCGAAGGAUCGGCGUCCAAAUCCCCGCAAAUCACCAACAGUUCCUUCCGAAAGUCGUUGUACGCUCUGGAACAGUGGCCCAGUGCGAUCGAGUCGCUCCGCAACCAGAACCAGUCUCCGGAAUUUGCCAACAUGAUCGGCAAUUUGAUAGAUCGGACGCUGUCCGAACUCGAAGUGAUUUCCUCUCUCGUGGACAAGCAGUCUAAAAAGCAGGAACUACAGGGCGGCGACAAGAGUAACGAGACUGCUCCGAACCCUGGACCGAGUGGUGAGAAAGGAGAUGAACCCGGUCAAGAAAGCAGCGCGCCUGCGGAAAACCCGAAAAGGCCGUGUCCCGAAGAGAGCGCGCCACAACAGGAGGAAGCUCCUAAACCGCCGGUUGUGAAGAAAGCGCGCAUGAAGUACACUCCCUUGCGAAAGCCCAGUGUCUAACUUGAACUAACGUGUUGUCGCACCGACUCCUUGCUUUAUUUUUAUUUGUUUACGACCCAACGUGCAAUAGUUCCUUGCUACUGUACGAAGCCUUGGCUUAGUCAACACAAACAUGCCGUUGACGAGUGUUUUUAUUGUGUUCCCGAUUGACCAAGAGAGCAUUGCUUCAUAAUACUCACCGUUUACGUUACCUAUUUGGUUUACCCGUUUGGUCGUACUCGUUAGAUUUAUGUUGUGCGCCCAUCAGCAGCAUUACGUCAUUUCACGUGCUGUUUUUUUUUUUUUUUUCCAUAGCCUUUUCGUACAUUAGCCUUGUUUCAUGCUUUCAUUCGUACUGACAUUACAAUCGAUAAACCACAUGUAUAAAUUUUCGGCGUGGUACACUGUCCCGGGUAUUCGCAUUGUACAGCUACCACACAUUUGUCCGUUUUCUCAGGCAGUACAGUUGCAGGAUUGAUACAAUUCACACGACAAAGAACAGAUUGUUGUUUGGUCAUUUCUAGAACUAUAUGUCUGAAACUGUACUACACAAGUUAUGUUGUAUAAAAAUGUAAUACGUAUUUGGUGAUUCUUGCAAUCUCACAGGCGAAGUACAAUAGCAUCUGUGGAGCAAACACAUGUGUUGUGUAAGCACGCGAGAUGUGUAUAAUUACAUUUUGUUGUUUGCACUGUGGAAGUACACUUUUCUGUAUGUACAAAAAUGUAUCUCGAAGGACACGGUCAGUUUAUGAAAUUUUGUUUAAUAUAUUUAGAGUCAUUCAUAAUUCUUUCAAGUGUUCCUUUUCUUUUGCACCAUCAUUCCAUGCUCUGCAGCUGUGCAGGUGCUUUUUGUUGUGUGAAUUUUAUUAAAACAUUCAGAUUUUAUGUUCUCU